UACAUUAGCUUGGUUAGUUAGCUAACCGCGAAAAGCUCAACUGUGAACCCGUAUUUUAACAUUUUUAUUUUCCCUAAAAGCGCUGAGAGGACGCCGCGUAUCCCUGCUCUGAUUGUCGUCUUCUCGCUGCUGUAGGACAGGAUAAUCGCCGGACCUUGUGUUUGCACGGAUCCCAAUGAUGAGUUAUGCUGAAAAGCCAGAAGACAUCACAAAAGAAGAGUGGAUGGACAAACUAAACAAUGUUCACAUACAGAGGGCGGACAUGAAUCGGCUCAUUAUGAAUUACCUGGUGACAGAGGGAUUCAAAGAGGCUGCAGAGAAGUUUCGCAUGGAGUCUGGGAUCGAGCCAAGUGUAGACCUGGACUCUUUGGAUGAAAGGAUAAAGAUUAGAGAGAUGAUCCUGAAGGGACAGAUACAAGAAGCUAUUGCACUCAUCAACAGCCUACACCCAGAGCUGCUUGACACCAAUCGAUACUUGUAUUUUCAUCUGCAGCAGCAACAUUUGAUUGAGUUAAUCAGGCUAAGGGAGACUGAGUCAGCGCUGGAGUUUGCCCAGACGCAGUUGGCCGAGCAGGGGGAGGAGAGCCGCGAGUGUCUGACAGAGAUGGAGAGAACAUUAGCCCUGCUGGCCUUUGACAACCCAGAAGAGUCGCCCUUUGGAGACCUGCUCAACAUGAUGCAGCGGCAAAAGGUGUGGAGUGAGGUGAACCAAGCUGUGCUGGACUAUGAAAACAGGGAGUCAACGCCCAAACUGGCUAAACUCCUGAAGUUACUGCUGUGGGCACAGAAUGAGCUGGACCAGAAGAAGGUGAAAUACCCCAAAAUGACUGACCUUAGCACGGGCACCAUCGAAGACCCCAAGUGAACAUAAAGAGACAAGAACAACCACCUUCCACGUCCCCUUAAUUUAUGAUCAGUCAGUGACUGUGUGACAACCAGGUAACAUAUAUGUAUACAAAUGCUACAGUACAUUGUUUUUCAUGUUUCAUUCAUGAGAGGUAAAACCUAACUCAUUGUGCAAACUGUACAUUGCUGUAUUUGCAAAUGACAUAUUAUUUAGUUUAAAUACUGAUCCUGGAUUUUUAGAUAGGUCCUGGAGAUGACAAAAUUCAAAUUGCUGUUUUAUAUUUUGUCUUUCUAAAGCCUAAGCCAGUAGUAUUAUUUAUUGUGACCAUUUCCCUCGCCAAGACUUUUAUUAUGCCAGAGAGAGAUGACAGUAUAAAUAAAAACAAUAAAUGUUAAUACUGUGGAGCCAAAACUCUAGGCUCCCCAGGAUGGAGGGGGAGCACGACUGUCAUGGUUUAAACUUUGAAACAGCCGACACACAAUUGAUGACACGCUGCAAGAGUCAAGAUUAUUUCAAAUCAGAAAUAAGUUAAAGAUUUAAAUUUCAUACACAAAAUGUGAGUAUUUUUCAAUUCAAUGGAAAGAUACACUUUAUUAAUGUAAUAUAGUUUUAAUUAAUAUAAUAUUUUAUGAUUUGUUGUAUAUUUACAAUAUGUCUAUGAGAGGAACUUGCCUUGCAAAAUUAUCAUUUCAUGUGUGUUUGAGAGGGUGAAAUAUGUCCUGACUGACGGGUUGAAAUCAGAGAUAGCUUCCUUACGGUGUUUUAGCCCCCUUUGGCCUUUUCUGUGGCGACAGUGUAAACAACACCCAACAUGCUCCAAAUGGUAAUGUUUGGUUUUAUGUUCCAAGGGGGUUGAGCAUUGGCUAACGUUCUGCUGCCUGAGAGAAAAGGCUGCUGCAGUCAAGAAACGCUCCAGUGUGACGGUGCCAAUUACGGCAAUCUGUAAUUUCUCAUAUUUCAAGUCUAUUCAGACGGGAACUGAUUCUUUUGUUCAUUGGCUUUGUUUUCAUAAUGAUGAUCAAAAGCAGUAACAUUUUGAAUCCGAAUAGGCAUUUUUAAAAAGUCACAGAACUUGCUGUCCAUUUUGCCACUUUUAAAGCCGUUAGUAUUUUCACUUUAACUGCAUGUAAAUGUAUGUUUGUUUUUGUUUGUUUUUUAAUGAGGAAUUGCUCUUGUGCUUUUUGUUUGGUUUGGUUUGGUUUGUUUACUUUAUAUAUAUAUAUAUAUAUAUAUAUAUAUAUAUAUAUUCAUAUAUGAGAAUGAAAAAAAAACAACACACUUGCUGCUAGUUGUCCAUCCUUAAUUUCUUUUAAGGUUGUAUUGUCUUUAUAGAUAUUGGCUUUGACAAAUAAUGAGACCCAGAGAACUCACAUCCCUUUUAUUAUUCAACAUUUUUAAGAUCAGAUUUGCAAUUAUUAAAAUAAACAAAACUUUUGUGAAUCAUACAAGAG